CCCCCCCCACCAGGCAAGGCCCGCCUGCUCUACUGCAAAGCCCACGUGGCCAUACACCCCACCGCGUUCAAGGGCGACAACGUCCCCGGCUACCUCGCCCUCGUAGAGCUGGACGCUGCGGCGAACGACGACGCGCAGAGGCCCGGCGUCGCGGGCGAGGGCGUACUUGUCACCUGGGUGCCGGACCAGGUGCUGGCGCGGAUGGACGAGCAGGACAGGGAGGGGUACAGGCGCGUCGGCGAGCUUGCAGAGGGCGACAGGGAGGAGGACGGGUUUGUGUUCGUGUCUGUCCCCCCGCCAAAGGGCGAAAAGUAUGCAUUCUCCGUCCCAGUGACCGGUAUCUACAGCAUCCUCGUCUAUCCGCCCAGUUUGUCCCACUGGUACGGCUCAGCCACUAUCAAUCUUACCGGCGGCGUCUCCCUCCCCACGCUCUACUUCCACGACGACGAGUCUCCGCUGCUCGCCUCGCCCAACCCCAGCCUCGAAAACGCCACACCCACCCCCCGCGCCCGGUGGGGAUUCCCGCCUUUCCUAUCCCUGCUCACCCACCGUGCCGUCCUUGUCCGCUCCAAACUCGUACACUCGCGCCAGGGCGCAGAACUGUGGCUCGUCAACCCGUCCAGAGCCGAUCGAGAAGUCCAUGAAGCAGGCGUCGACAACGACGAGCCCGAACCCGACGUCGUCCCCUCGCUCAAAAACAAGAAACCUUCUCCACCCACCAACUACCCGCCUAAACCUGAUUACCCAGCCGCCUACCCGCAGUUUGACAGGCUGGACACGACGAACCCCAAACAGGCACUCCUCACUUCCCUAUCCAACCUGACCAACCUUUCGCGCCGCAAAGCAUCCCAGAUCCUCUCCCACCCGCUCGCCCAGCCCGUCGUACCCCACCUCCCGCCGGCCGUACGUUCCCUCGUCAACGUCCCCGGCGAAUGGGAACGUAACGGUCAAUCGAACAGCAAAUCCCUUUUGCAAAAGGGAAACGAUGUGGCGAGCGAAUUCGAAAGCGCGAGAUUGUACUUGGCGAAAUGGGCAAGGGUCGUGGCCGAAGAAGGCGAACGUGCCCGUCGAUCUGAGCUUGCCGCCCAAGCCCGUAUCCGCGGAUCGCGCUCCGGACUUACCCCUAUUCCAAGGGACGACGACGACGUGGAAGACCUCGGCUCAUCGCUCGGCGUCUUCUCCCUCCUCCCUUCCAAAGCAUACUCCAAACGGCCCGUUCCCUCGCCUACACGAACCCCACAAGACCCCAUCACAUUCCCCGAAUGGGAAAAAUGGGCAAAAGAAGGCAAAGACGAGCUGUUUGUGCGACAACAGAUAUUUAGGAGGGGGUUCUCCGAUAUGGAGGGUGAUAAGCUGGCGAGGAGGGAGGGGUGGGAGGUUUUGUUGGGCGUUGUGCCCUGGUCGGUCGGUGGGUUUGGACCGGGUGAACAAGCUGUGGAGAAGAGAAAAAGGGAGAGGGAGGAAAUGAGGCAGGGAAGGAGGAGGGUGUAUGAAGGGCUGAAGAGUAAGUGGAGGGCAGAGUUUGGGGACGGGAGUGGGAAUGAAACUUGGAAGGAGGAAUGGCAUCGGAUCGACGUCGAUUGUAGGAGGACAGAUCGGAAUCAACCGAUCUACGCAGUCCCUACUACGCCGACUGUACCUCGAGCGUUGGGGGAAGAGGAAAACGGGAGAAAGAGUGAGAAGGGUGAAUGGGAGGAUGAUGAAGAGGAAGGAGGUAUGGCGAGUCUGAACCCACAUAUCGCCGCACUCCGUACCAUCCUCAUGACAUACCACACCUUUUCCCCCGAGCUGGGCUACGUCCAAGGCAUGUCAGAUUUGUUGAGCCCGAUAUACGUCGUGUUCGAUGCCAAUGAGGGUGAUGCCUUUUGGGGUUUGGUAGGUGUGAUGAAGAUGAUGGAGAGCAACUUUCUGCGCGACCAAAGUGGGAUGAAGAAACAGCUCUCCACCCUCCAACAACUCAUCUCCAUCCUCGACCCUGUGCUAUACACCCACCUCGAACGCACCGACUCGCUCAACCUCUUCUUCACCUUUCGCUGGAUCCUCAUCGCUUUCAAACGUGAAUUCCCAUUCGACGCCGUUAUCCAUCUCUGGGAAGUCCUCUGGACGGGGUAUUAUUCCGAGAAAUUCGUCUUGUUUGUGGCGAUGGCGGUGCUGGAGAGCCAUAGGGAGGUGAUCAUAAGGUAUCUCGGAGAGUUUGACGAGGUGUUAAAGUAUGCGAAUGAUCUUAGCGGUACCAUCGACCUUGAUACAACACUGGCCCAAGCCGAGGUCCUCUUCCUCAGUUACCGAGCGCUUGUGGAGGAUCUUGAUAAAGAGAAUAAUGAGAUGGUUGGGUCGGAUGAUGGGUUACGACGCCGCACGACGACGACGACGACGAUUGAUCUGGCUGCCGAUGGUCAGGGUAAAGGCAAAGACAAGGUUCCUGCAAAAAGUGAAGAUGGGCUCGACGAGGGACUCGGCGAGGGAGAUGGAGGGGAAAGGAAAGAAAAAAUGGAAACAAGGGCGAUUUCAGAAGAAUUGAGAGAGUUGCUGGUCAGUUGGAAACCGGAGCAUUGAUCUAGUGUUUUACGAUAC